AUUGGCCGGUCUUCGCUCCUUCAGUCAAUGGUCGCCGUAAUCGUCCGGUCUCAAGCAUCGGUUAAAUUUUUAUAGAAAAACAAUAAAUUUACGGCCCCAUUGUCUCAGUUUGUGUCAGCAGAGCUGUAUAAGGAGGAUAUCUAUUCACCCACUUUCUGAGAAACCAAGAUACGAUGAGUUCCAGUGCUUGUUAUAAAUGCAACCGCAUGGGUCACUUUGCGAGAGAGUGCCCACAAGGAGGAGCAGGGGGUGGUGGCGGCGGUGGCCGAGGAGGAGACCGAGGCCGUGACCGUGAUGGUGGUGGCGGAUUUGGCCGAGGUCGCGAAAAGUGCUUCAAAUGCAAUCAAUUUGGCCACUUUGCUCGCGAAUGCAAAGAGGAUCAAGAUCUCUGCUAUCGAUGCAACGGCGUUGGACACAUUGCAAAAGACUGUCAACAGGUGUCUCAACAGGGGCCUGAGAUGAGCUGCUACAAUUGCAACAAAACUGGUCACAUUGCCCGCAGCUGCCCGGAGGGUGGCAACGAUUCAGGACGUUUCGCGAUGCAAAGCUGCUACAGUUGCAAUAAGACUGGUCAUAUUGCGCGUAAUUGCCCGGAAGCUGGAGGCAAGACCUGCUAUGUCUGCCACAAGCCAGGUCACAUAAGCCGCGAGUGCGACCAGGACGAUAGGAAGUAGGAGAUAAAUGAAAUCCGUGCCGCUCGCUUAACGAUAAGCCCCGUUUACCGUUGCGUGCACCACUACCAGGGAUUGUAGCUAGGUAGGGAUGUGCGAACAUAUGUCUUGUCUCAAUUCAUGCGUGUACAAUCGCUAAAGAAAGAAAAAGAAACAAAAACAUAAAACAAAACAAAAAAAAAAAUAAGAAGAAAAAACAGAAAGAAAAAAACACCAGCAAGAAGACGCGCGUUUCUCGUCAUAGUUCGUUCGGAUUCCCAUCUCUCCAUGCCCAAAUCCUGGAAACAACUCCUUCUCCCUUCUCCUCUCUAUCCGCCGUUGUUCUCUCUUUGCAAUGGUAUAUAUAUAUAUAUUUUUUUUUUCUUUCUCUUACGAUAUUUUAAGUUUUUAUCGCUGUUACACAACCGGACCAUAAACUACGUCCUCGCGACGUAUGAUUAUUAUACACAAGAAAUUGAAGAAGAAAAGAAAAAAAAAGGAAGAAAAGCAAACAAAUGGAUAGCGUUUUUCAAUGGUAAAACUAUAGUCUGUAGACACGUAAAAAAAAAGCGCCCUCCCUCGGGACCUCCUCGAAUGGUCGUUUGAUACAAGAUGUCCACCGAAAUUGAGUUAUAUAUAUAUGUAUGUAUAUGUAUAUUAACAACGACCUUUUUCAAAAUCCACGGCCUCGGGUUUGAUUUUGGAAAAUUGACUUUUACACUAUAAUACUGUAAUUUUUGCGAUGAGUUUUGUUUUGAUAGGUAUAUAAAGCAGCGCAAGAAGAGAGAUGAAGUAAAAUUGUGGGGUGUGACGUAUAUUUAAAGGAAAGUUUUUGAGUUGUGUCACUAUAUCCAAGCAUCUUGUAUCCGUUCCUUCCUCUUAAAACUCUCUGGCCGUCGUCUCCAACACUUGAUGCAAAAAAAAAAAAAAAAAUUUUU